AUGGUGGGGAGGUACAUUCCGCCGGCAUGGCUGCAGCACACGGAGGUGGCGGAGUGGGCCGGAGAGGUGGAGAAGCUGUGGCCAGACCUCAUCAGCAAGGACCUUCAGGAGCUAGAGAUCCUGUUCGUGGAGCAGUGCAGAGACCGGCCCAUGUACGGAAGCCACUUCUUCUACAGCCUCAAGGUGCAGUGCGUGCCCGACCUGUUGUCCAACCUGCCCAACAACCUCCUGCUGGCCUUCAACGCCGACGGCAUGCACAUCUUCAGCGUGGACAAGAAGGAGCUGCUGCAGCAGUACAGCUACGCGGACGUGCACUCUUGGAGGGGCACCCGACGUCAGGUGAGCCUGACCAUUUGGGACCAGGACACGGACUCCGUUUUCGAGCUGGCCCUCAAAACGCAGCAGGCGUCGGACAUGGCGUCCAUCAUCCUCGACCACAUCAACGCUAUCAUGGCCAACGCGGGCCGGAAUUAA